UGUUUAUUAUAAUUUAGUAUUUUAGUAUCACAGUAGAUUUCAUCUGUUCAAUAUUUUGAUUUUUGAAUUUUGAAAUCCAUUCUGUGAAUUGUGAUAUUUCGGCAUCAGUCAUUUUGUCGCUCUUUCCGUAGAAUAUAGAUGAUAUAGUACUCGCGACUCACCUCUGUCGUGUCUGUCGCGAUAAUAUCAAUAUUCUGAUCUAUGUGGUCGACUAUCCGGUGAGACCAACUACAAGAUUUUGUGCCGUUGCAGCUGCUGAAUUAGUCCGUUCGCUGAGAACGUUCUAAUGUGCCAAUAACGAAAUCUUCUCGCUUGAAUUUUUCAAACUAUAAAGAAUUUUUGAUAGUGAUCACGUUAUUAGAUAUAUUCGUUGUCUUACCGUCAAUGGUUUUGUGGAUGCUGUUGUCUUGACAUUGGUGUGCUGGUACCUACAUCAUCACAAGGACGUAUCAUGGCUGGACGUUGGAAUGAAAACAGUUACAAUGCACCAGCUGCCGACGUCGCCAAUUUCAGAGGUGCUGGGCCAUCUUCAAAUCAAUCCCCACAGAAGAUGCACGGUAACGAGCAGAUAAGCUUCUCCAGUUAUGGUGUCGGUUCCACGUCUGCAACACCAAACACUUUUGUCUCGCCAGAGGUUGAACACAUUGCCAGACAUAUUCAAAGUAUUUGGGCAACUUGGAAACAAAGUAAAGUUUUAACUGAUACGUUAAGAAGUUUUUUUAAAUCCAGUCCCAAUCCAUACAACUCCUUAUUACAAUUGAUAAAUGUCAUAUCAGAAGACAGACUCAAGGGUAAAGCUAGUACAAUGGCUCAUACAAUAACUGAAGAAUUUUACAAAUGGAUAAAAUGUCAUGAAAGUGAAUAUGAACAUUUUUUAACGGAUGAAUUAAAAAUACGAGCAUUUAAAAUGGUACUUGAAAAGAAAAUAAGCUUAAACACAAUAAACACCAUUGUUAAAAUUUUCAAGUGUAAUACACAUUUAGAUUGUAUGGAAGAAUUAAUCAGGGAAUCAAUUAAACAAAAGAGAUUUAAAGAGGCCUGUUAUGCUAGUAUGAGUUUAAAUAUACAAGAUAGAUUUACUGUAGAAGAUUUUUUACUUCCCUUGUUUUUCAUGAAUUUGGUAUGUGUAACAGAAGAACUUUUAGUGACCUCUCAAUUUCAACAAACAGCUUUGGUAAAAUAUCUUGACGAUUUAUUAGUAGAAAAUGAUGAUUGCUUAUACUUCUUAGCCAAUCGUCUUAAUGUUACACAAUCAAAUAAUAAUUUUUCUAAUAAAAGCCAAAUCAAAACCAAUUUAUCACGGAUAAUGAAAAAAUAUAACAUUCCAAACGAAUUGGCUCCUAACAUUACUAGACAAAAGAAGAAGGGGGCAUUAGUAUACUUGUUUCGUCGUUAUCAAUCUGGUGCUACUGGUAUCCACGCUUGGAGAGAAAUGGCCUUAGAAUCAAUUGGGAAUGAUGAAGCAAUGAUGAUGGAAGUUGUCAAGAUGUUAGAUAAUUAUGGAGACAUUCAAGAGUGUAUUUAUUUUGCCCAGUUAUUUGCAAUUGACCCAUCAUUAUUGCCAUCAACCAUACAACAAGAGUUACUUUUCUGUGAAAAUGCGAGUGCUGGUAUUGAUAGAUCAAUACCAACUGAAGAAUACAAUACUACAGAAUAUCAUGACUUAUCCUUGCCUGAUAAACAAAUACAUAUAAUUGAUUGUGCAUCAAAGUUUAAUGAAUUUUUAGAUAAAAUUAACAUUGAGUUAUUUGAUGCACAUUUGGAUGUUUUUGGUUUGGACUGCGAAUGGAAACCAGAACUGACAAGUGAUAAAAGUGAUUUAGCAUCCAUUCAGCUAGCUACUAUUGAUUCAAUUUACAUAUUUCAUUUACCACAACUGCAGCCAGCUGAAAGUUUUAAGCUUCAUUGGCAAGAAUUUUCCAUGAACAUAUUCAGUAAUAUAAAUAUAUUAAAAUUAGGUUUUGAAUGGAAAGGAGAUGCAUCUAUGAUAAGAUCUUCAUUGCCAAUUGAUAACAUACAGCUCCACGGGCCAGGAUUUGUUGAUAUUAAAUUGUUAUGGAAAGAACUAGAGACUAAAUGGAAUUUUCAGCUUCCAUUUCAAAAUCCAAAUGAAGACACACCCUAUAAUAGUCUUUCGGAUUUAGUGAAAUUAUGUUUUGGAAGGCCAUUAAAUAAGACUGAACAGUUUUCAAAUUGGGAAAAAAUACCAUUACGUUCAAAUCAAAUUAAAUAUGCUGCUCUGGACGCUUAUUGUCUAUUAGAAAUUUACAAUUUAUUCAAGACAAAAUGUGAAACUAGUAAUAUUCCAUUUGAUGAAGUGUGUCAAAAAAUAUCAAAUAAUGACCGUCCGGAUAUGAUGAAACCUAAACCAAAACAUAAAAGACAUAAAUAUAAAGUACCAACAACUAAUAUAAAAUCUAAGUCACCUCAUACUCAUGUUUCUGGUGUUAAGCAUUUCAAAUUUUUGGUACCGUACACUUUAGAGAAGCUAGCUGAACGUUUACGUAAAUGUGGUAUUGAUACUUCCAUUGUUGAAAGAUCAAAAAUAAACGAUUGCCAUUACAUAGUUAACUUAAUCAAAACAAACAAUUUACAUUUUAUUGCUUUUGGACAUGCAUUUUCAAAGGUAGCAGAACAAUUACAUACUGGCCAAUGUUAUUGUGUUCAAAAUCACAAUUUGGAUGACCAAGUACAAGAAGUGUUGAAUUUUUUCAAAAUUGUUGUUAAAAAAGAAGAUCUGAAUAGCCGUUGUCAGAUUUGUAAUAGUGAUAGUUAUGAGAUUGUUAGCAGCUUGCUUAUGAAACAAAUUUAUGAUUCUGUUAAAAUAAUACAAAAUCAAAGAACUGUUAGAUAUAGACCACCCUCUAUUGACGAAGAUUAUGAAGAAAAUGAUUUUUAUGGAGAUGAAGAUGACUCGGAGGAUGAAGGAACAAGUGUUCCAAUAAAUGCAAAAUGUUUGACCAAUAAUUCAUCAAAGCCUGAUGAUCCUCAGAGUAAACUUAUAAGUGGUUAUACUAAUGAAAAUUCAAUGAUUGAUGUGAAACCACUAUCGGCUGAUAUGUUUAAUGACCAAAAUCGUAUAUUUUACAUUUGUAACAAUUGUGGUUCAGUCAGGUGGGAUAACUUACAAUGGGAGAGUGCACUUGGUAGUAGCUUAGGAAUGAAGUUUAAAUGAAUUAUUACAUAAUAUAUCUUAUGUAAAAAAUAAACGUUUUUCAGUACAGAUUGGUAUUUUUAAAAUAAUUAACAAAUUCAACUUAGUUAUAACUAGCCUUUUAAUUUUUACUGUUCCAUAGGUUAUGGGUUUGCUGUCCCAUAUAAUUAAUUUUUUUCCUGCAUAAAAACUUAGUUUUACUCAUCAUUUAUUGUUAAACACAUUUUUUUAUACUCUUAUUCAAAAAAAGAACAUAUUUGUGCAGAGCUCAGUUUUUGUUGGCGGAUUAGGUAAUGCAUGUCUAUCGCCCCCACCGAGUACCAUCUAUAUGACUGUCGUGUAGUGAAGCUCGUAUGCUUAAAUCAGCUGCCAAAUACGAUCUUAUUUUAAUCAGAG